AUGGAUACGAAAGAUUUACUCGACUUUUCACCACCAAUUCCUUCAAUUUUAUUUCCGACAUUAGCUUUUUUGUUUUUUCUUGCAGGUUUUGUGUUGACAAGUGCUUUCUCGUUUAUACCAGCAAAAGUUUCUAUGAUUAAAGAACUUUUAUUUGCAAUUCCUGCUUCUAUAUUAUUAGGAUUUGGAAGUGUAUUUCUGUCUCUGUCUGUUGGAAUUUAUGUUUAA